AUGGAGCUCCAGAGUUCCAGAGUCUGUCAGAACCUCCUCAUCACAGUGGCUUUGUUGAUAUGUUUCUCAGCAAUAUUCUACACGUACUACCAGCCGACCGUAAACUGGCUAAAAUGGCCCACCAUUUGCAGAUCUAAUUCUUGCAGCGACAUCUGCAUCAACGCUCUUAAGAUGCCAAAUCAAAUGGAAAUGGUCAACCACACCUGUGUCGUGAACUUCACCUCUAUCAGAAACCUGUUAACACAAACAGAACCAGUGACACAGACUGAUCCAGACACCAUCCUCCUGAUCUGGAUGUGGCCUUUCGGGGCCAAGUUUGAUUUAGGAAUCUGCAGUUCACAGUUCAACAUCCACGGCUGCCGCUUGACAGACAACAGGGAUCAGUUUAAAAGCGCGCAUGGCGUUUUGUUUCAUCACAGAGACAUCCGUGAGGACGACAUGCCGACACUGCAGCGACCUCCGUUCCAGAAAUGGAUCUGGAUGAACAUGGAGUCUCCCAGUAACUCACCACCGCGUUCAACUCUAAACAGUCUGUUCAAUCUGACCACAACUUACAGACAAGACUCUGACAUCAUGGUACCUUAUGGGCGAAUCUCAGAGAAAACUGGUGGGAGCACAACUUUUAAAAUCCCAUAUAAAAAUAAACUUGUGUGCUGGAUUGUGAGCAACUGGAACUCAAAACACAAGCGUUCACAAUACUAUAAAAAUUUAAAGCAACAUAUCAGUAUAGAAACCUACGGACACAGCUUCAGAAGGCCCGUUAGCAAUGAAAACUAUUCAGAUUUGGUGUCCAGCUGUAAAUUCUACCUGUCCUUUGAGAACUCCAUUCAUAAAGAUUACAUCACAGAAAAACUCUACAACCCUCUGAAACUCGGCACUGUUCCUGUGGUUCUCGGUCCACCAAGGAAAAACUAUGAGGAAUUAAUUCCAGGCAAUGCCUUCAUCCAUGUGGACGACUUCUCCUCCCCUAAAGAACUAGCUGAACAUCUUAAGCUUCUGGACCAAAAUGAGAGUUUGUACAGGCAGUACUUCACCUGGAGAGAACAUUUUGUUUCAAGUACAACCUCCUUUGGUCUUGAGCACGCUUGUUGGGCUUGCGAUCAUAUCCGAAGAAACAAGAACUAUAGAGUAGAUAAUGAUCUCAACAGCUGGUACUGGGGUUGAAGGAUGUUAACCACAGACUUCAGUCAUGGCAGAUGCCACUUUUUUUUUG